CUCCAUUUUCCCGCGCGUAAUUGUAUCAAUAAAUAACUAGUUUGGAACCCUAGUAUUUUUUCCAGAGCAAGAGAAAAUGGAGAGGGAAGAAGAAGACUCGGUGAGCGAGCUUUUGAGAGAUCGAUUCAGAGUCUCCACCAUCUCUAUCGCCGAAGCCGAAGCGAAGAGAAACGACAUGGAAAUAUCGGGACCCGUGAUGACUUGCAUUGCCGAUUUGGCCUUCAAAUUUACUGAACAGUUGGCAAAGGAUCUGGAGUUAUUUGCUCAACACGCUGGUCGUAAAACUGCAAACAUGGAAGAUGUCAUACUUUCUGCACAUAGAAAUGAACAUCUGGCUGCCUUUUUGAGGUCCUUCAGCAAUGAUCUGAAAGCCAAAGAGCCCCAGUCUGAGAGGAAGAGAAAGAAAUCAUCAAAAAAGGAAGACCAAGCAACUGCCAGUGUAGUCCAUAUUCCAGAUUCUUAGCUGGGUACGUCUCUACCUUAACUUGACUACUAAAGCACGCCAAGGAAUUGGAUAUCUCAUGUAAGAAAAGCGACUUGUUUGACCUUUUAACUUCUGCAUCAUGUGACUUGCUGAAGAAUCCCGAGUAAAUACAUAUGAAAACUUAGCUUAAGUUCAAACACCAAUUCAGAUUAUACCACUACCAUUAUCCUGUGUCAUUCAAUACAUGACUUGGAUUUCUCUCCUCUUUAAUUUUCUGGUCACUGAGAUGGUUGGAAAGUAUCAAAAUGGAAAGCAUUACUAUUGAGAAGCUUUUGCCCAUACUUGCCCCAAAUUUGGAGAAAGGAAUAGCACUAUUUUGUUAUUCCUGGCUAAUAACGUUAUGACACGUGUGAUAACACUUCCACUUGGCAUAUUAUUAUUGGACAGAGAUAGCUGCUAUGUCCCUUGCAACACAGUUUUUCUCCCAAAUUUGGUUAUUAGCGGGUCAUGCCAAUCAGAAUUCUGGGUACUUUUCCACUGGCCCAAUUGAAAAGCUCCUUACCCAUAGGCCCCACACUAAAAGGGUUUUUGUCUAGUAUGAGUAAAUGGCCCAUUGAACCAACCAAUUCUCAAUUUUGUAAUGCAAGAACUUCCAUAUGUGAGCAGUUUGUAGCAAAAACAUAAGAAUGUGUCAUUGGAUAAAUUGUAGGAAAAGCGGGAAGAUGUUCAAUAGUUCAUUGCUUGGAUUGUUGUUUCAAUGAUGUGUAAAAAUUCAAGUUUUUGUCGUUGCUGGGGGAGGAGGGGUGACGAGAUUGAGUUACUUUUUGUC